CUCAAUUGACGCAUACGUUCCAAUGUACUGCCCUAUACAUGGCGACAUCUAGGUGUAUAGAUAUCUAUGACACUUAUUAAGCACUACUUGAAAAAUUAGUACUGCUCCUUUAAGUGUGGCUCGCACAGAGAGAAAGUAGAAGGCUGCAAAGCAAAGAAAACGUGUGUGUAAUAAUCAGCAGGGAGAAAACACAUAGAAUCUGAGUUGAAAUACUGUGGAAGAGUGAAGCUGAAGUUGCUUUCUGUGAUUGUUUACUGAGACAUUCUGACGGGUGUUUGUUUCCUGGACAAAUUGCUGGAUGAUACGACUGGAACCUGAAUGAUCUGAGUGGAUUCUUCUGGAUAACUUUGUCACCUUGUCGUCAUGUAUCGACUCUUCAGCUCCUGGUUCUUCUGUUCUUGAGAACCUGGAUGUUAUUUCUGGGGAAGUGGUAGGACUGAGAUUUUAUUCCGUGCACAUUGCCCGGGACUGAGACAUUUUUCUUACAUAUUUUUGCAUCUCAAGAAAAGGAAAAAAAACCUGAACAUUUACACAUUGGGGAUAUCCUUUUCAAAAUGCCUGGGUUAUAAUUGUAUUGUUUAUACUUGUUUCAAGUUAAUUGUCAGUUUAUUUUCAUUACUUGGGUUAGACUGGGACUGAGUCAAGGAGCUGUCUCAAAGACUGGGACGAUGUCCACAAGGGGAGCUGUCUCAAAGCUUGAGACGGUGUCCACAAGGGGAGCUGUCUCAAAGCUUGAGACGGUGUCCACAAGGGGAGCUGUCUCAAAGCUUGAGACGGUGUCCACAAGGGGAGCUGUCUCAAAGCUUGAGACGGUGUCCACAAGGGGAGCUGUCUCAAAGCUUGAGACGGUGUCCACAAGGGGAGCUGUCUCAAAGCUUGAGACGGUGUCCACAAGGGGAGCUGUCUCAAAGCUUGAGACGGUGUCCACAAGGGGAGCUGUCUCAAAAACUAGGACAGUGUCCUCAAGGGGAGCUGUCUCAAAGUCAGUGACUGCUUGGACAGGGUUCUCAGAAGGAGCCGUUGUGAUGGCUGGGUCGGCUUGGACGGUGUCCUCAGAGGAAGCUGUCAUGAUGGCUGGGACGGCUUGGACGGGUCUUCAGAGGAAGCUGUUAUGAAGGCUGGGACGGUUUGAACAGGGUCCACAGAGGGAGUCGUCUCAACAGCUAAGGUGCUCUUGUUGCAGGGAGGCAGCACAAUUUGCUGGAAUUUCUGUGGUAAAUUGUUCUGAAGGCUCAACAUAUUUGGAGCCUUCUGAUGGACAAGCUGUGCCUGGCAUUCUUCUUUUCGCAGGGCCACUCCCACAUACACCUGCUUCUUGCCCCACAUCCUGCCGUUCACUGCGUUCUUAGCAGUCAUGGCAUCCUGCGAUGAAGUGAAGCUCACAAAGCCGAAUCCCUUGGACAGUCCAUUCUCCGUCAUCACCUGUAGGAUCAUGAGGAACAAUGAGCUGAGAGGCAGUUCUCUUUCAUCAUCUCGUGUUCGAGAUCCACCUAUGGGAAGGGCAUCCGUUCCUGACCUCUACAGAAGCAUCCAAUUGCACCAAGUCUGGCUUGACAGACAGGAGCGCGUGCCAAAGGCUGGUAAGGUAAUGCCCCUUACCCGAGUGCAUAAUGCACCUGCACGUGCUGCCGAGGUGGGCCUUCUCAAGGGCUCGGAUGACGAGGUAGCCAUCCCGUCUUCCGUGGCCCCUCAGGCUCCCCCCGCUCCACCUCAAUCGGUGCUGUUGGAGCUUUGCGAACGCGCCGCCGCGCGCCUCGACAUCGAAUGGCCGGCUCUCCUGAACGCUUCGGAUCAGGAGAGGAAUGUGUAUGACGGUAAGCUUCUAGGGCCUUUCCAUCGCCAGACACCUUAACCCAUCCAUGGGCGGGCUGCUCGCCCCGCCCAAGCCUGUCCUCCCGGGCAAGAUGGAUCGUUUCUCCGCAUCAAUCCAUCAGGCGUCUUAUAAAGCCUCAGCUCUUUCCAUUCGAGCUCUCAAUGUCUCCUCGCUGUUGUCCGCAUAUCAGGCUGAACUCCUGCUUGAUUUGGGCCAGCAGCUGGAGAGUGGGUCGCCAUCCCCCGAUCUCUGGAAGGAGAUCGUCACGGUCAAUGACCUCGUCCUCCGCAAUGCCCGUCAGGCUGUUCAGGCUAGCGGGCGCUCUAUGGCUUUGUCGGUGGUCGGAGAACGUGCGCUGUGGCUCAACCUAUCUGGUCUCCCCGAUAGUGAGAAGCGCCGCAUCGCUGGGGCGCCAGUUGAGCCGGGUCAACUGGAUUUUGUCCCUUCAUCUCUGCCCGUUGCGCGAUCUUUUCCGCUUUGUCUCGGUGACACGCGUGUGCAUGGCCGCGCUGCACCACUGGAGAGCUGCAGAGUUUUACGUACAUGGGACCCCUCUCGGGGCAAUCAUGAUGCGGAAAGUGGUCACGAUAGAUGCCUCCUUGACAGGGUGGGGAGCCACUCAAGAGGGCAGAUCAGUGAACAGUGUGUGGCCGAUCUCACUUCGCUCAGCCCAUAUAAAUUACUUGGAGCUCCUCACUGUGUGGAAAGCUCUGAUGCAUUUCUCACCCCGCCUGCGAGGGCAUCAUGUGCUGGUACGCUGCGACAAUACGACAGCUGUAGCGUAUAUCAACCUUCAAGGCGGCAUGCGCUCCUCCAGGCUUCACGCUCUGGCUCACAAGCUGUUGGUAUGGAGCACGCGACAUUUUCUGUCGUUAUGGGCGACUCGCGUCUCGGGCCUUUUGAACAGGGGUGCAGACCUUCUGUCGAGGGGGAACCCUCUGUACGGAGAGUGGAGGCUCCACCCCCAGAUAGUGGGACUGCUCUGGGAGAGGUUCGGCCAGGCUGCCGUCGAUCUCUUCGCCUCGCGUGAAAACGCCCACUGUCCUAUGUUCUUCUCGCUUCGGGACGAGGACGCCCCCCUCGGCGUGGACGCUCUGGCUCAUCCAUGGCCCAGCGCGCUGCUCUACGCUUUCCCUCCACUCUGCCUGAUAUCCCCGACCCUGGCCAGGGUCGCGGUGCAGGGUUUAUCUCUGAUCCUCAUAGCCCCCAGGUGGCCCAAGGCACCUUGGCUAGCGGAGAUAUUUCCUCUUCUGUAUGCGGAGCCGUGGCCCCUCCCGUUGUGUACGGACCUCCUGACCCAGGCGAACGGGGAGAUUUUUCAUCCUCACCCGGGCAGGGUGGCUCUCUGGGCUUGGCCCGUGAGAGGGUGAAUUUGAGCACGCUGGGGCUUCCCCCCCGUGUUAUCGCCACGAUUCAGUGUGCCAGGGCCCCUUCCACACGCUCUCUCUAUGAUUGCAAAUGGCGUGUGUUUGAGGCGUGGUGCGAGGAGCACCAGCUCGUCUCGUAUCUGUGCUCAGUCACUGAUAUUCUGGGUUUUUUACAGGGCCUUAUCGAUCGUGGCAGGUCUUUUUCGACAGUUAAGGUCUAUUUGGCGGCUAUCGCUGCAUGUCACGCCGGUUUCGGCGACGCUACAGUGGGGCAGCACCCCCUUAUCCGUAGAUUUAUGAGGGGCGCGCGCCGCUCCCUGCCGGUCACCAGGAGUGUGGUCCCGGAUUGGGAUCUCUCCAUGGUGCUGGAGGUGUUGGCUCAACAGCCUUUUGAGCCCCUGGGGGAUAUCUCCCUCAGGUUGCUGUCCUUCAAGAUGGCGCUGCUCCUGGCUUUGUCUUUUGCCAAAGGUGUCAGUGAUUUGCAUGCGCUCUUGGUUCAUUCCUCGUGCACCAAAUUCUCGCUCAGCGAGGAUAGGGUUUGGCUUAAGCCUAACCCGGCCUUCGUGCCUAAGUGCUUUCCAGCCUUCACGGGUGGUGUGAUUGAGCUCUCCGCUUUUUGAGCUCUUCAUAGCCAUGUGCACUCUUGUCAGCCUUGUCCGCCCGGCCUGGCUGUGCAGGCAUAUGGUCUUCUCCCCGCCAUACGCUCGGGUUGGUCCAUUUACAUGUUUAUUUACAUGUUUUUUUCCUGCAGGCUGCUCGCUUGUUGGACAUCAGCGAGGUUUUAACAUGCAUGUUGCCGCAUGCUGUGUUUCCCUUUGGCUGAGCUUUUUGCCCCACGCAGUAUGUUAUGUCUGCUGCUUUGUGACGUGCCGAGCACCACCUUUUUGGCCGUCCUCUGGCUUACAGGGCCUCACUGUGAGUGUAUUGGGCAACCGGGGAGUUGUCUAUAUCUCCCAUAGGUGGAUCUCGAACACGAGAUGAUGAAAGAGAACAUUAGGUUACUGUCGUAACCCCGGUUCUCUGAAACAUCGAGUGGAGAGAUCCACCAAGUUUGCCCUGCUUGCCGCACGAGAAGCGAAUAUGUACACUGAGGAAAGGCAGCGCGUGCAGGUGCAUUAUGCACUCAGGUAAGGGGCGUUACCUUACCGGCCUUUGGCACAUGCUCCUGUCUGUCAAGCCAGACUUGGUGCAUUUGGAUGCUUCUGUAGAGGUCAGGAACGGAUGCCCUUCCUAUAGGUGGAUCUCUCCACUCGAUGUUUCAGAGAACUGGGGUUACGACAGUAACCUAAUGUUUUUCACUCUCUAGAGUCAGUAAGGGGAAGUGGAUAAAGAUUAUUGGGAAUAAAAUGGAGAGAUUAUAAGAUGUAAGUUACCUUUGCACUAAUGAUGGUCCCAAACUCUCCGAACACAGUGCACAAGCACUUGUCAUCGAUGGUGUAAUCAAGGUUUUUGAUGAAGAGGUUAUUGGCUUGGUGUUGGGGGCGAGCCUCAGGUUUGCGCUCAUCACGGUACUUAAAAUACUCAAUGGUGCUGUAAGAGAACAGAGAUACUGCUGUUAGAGUCUUUAUCUGAACCCUGCACUUCGAUGUUAUGUCUUCACCAGCAGAAUUACAGCCUGAUGUUGACUGAAAUUCCCUCAUUAGACCAAACAGAACCUCUGUUUCAAUUAACAAGGAAUUCAAUUAAUAUCAAAUGUAAUUAGUUAAAGCACAAUAUAAAAAACCCUGACAUUUGAACUUUGGAUGGUAAAAACAGUCAUUUACACGUGACUUACACGUAUUGGUCGUUCAGCAGCAUCCCGUUGAGCCGCUUGAUGGCCGACGCAGCUGCCUCCUGUGACUCAAACUGGACAUAGCCGUAUCCCUUUGAUUCCACAACCUUCAGCAGAAACACAGCAUGUCAACACAUAGUUUACAAUCUGAGCUAAUAUACACACACACGUUAAUCAUGAUACACAGAUAUUCAGCUAUUAGCAGUGUUGUGCUAUUUACUAAGAAAUAAUAACUAGUUACCGUUACUAGUUACUUCAUUCAAAAAGUAACUCAAUUAUUUUGUAGAUUACGCUAAUUACAUUUUUAAAGAAAUAAUGAGCAUAUUUUCACUUAGAGAAACUUGUCUUGCUCUCGCCUCGACUCGCCGUUACUGCCACACAUACAUGAAUAAACGGAAACACGUCCACAGUGCGGCGGCUUCGUGUUUACAUGUCAGCAUCCACCAAUCCUACAAUGCGUCGCGGCUGUAAACAGGUUAGUCUGUAGGCUACACUUUAGCCGAAAUGUAUUAAUGUAAAAAAGUAACGGACAAACACACCAUAUGGUAACGGUAACGGCGUUACUUUAUUUAAAAAGUAAUGCGUUAGAGUAUUAGUUACUGUCAAAAGUAACUGUGUUACUGUAACGCGUUACUGCCCAACACUGGUUAUGAGGGAACCAAAAUAAGUCAUUCAUUUCAGUUUAAACAAUAAUUAUAAUAGGUGUCUAUUUAUGACAUUUAAUAUGUGUAUACACAGUCAAUUUCAGAAUUAUUGGCACUCUUAGUAAACAGUAUGAAAAAUGUAUUGUAGCAUUUUUAUUCUAAGACAAACAAGUACUUUUUUUUUAUCUUUUCAUAUCUUUUUGUACUGUUUAAAGCACCAGACAUGAGUUUAUUUAUGUAAUAAAUCAGUCAAAGACUAAAUAAAUGCCCCCUGUAGCCUUAAGACAACUAGAAAGUGCAGAAACAGUGUAGAGAACAGCAUUGUCGUGUCUUCGCUCUGGUUUGUAUUACCG